UACGCCUCUUUGUUUCCCGUAGCUUCACACUUGCACUUUAUUCUUCAUUUCAAAACCAUGCCAGAAGCUCCCAAAAUCUUAUCUGAGGAGUUGGGCUAUGCUGAUGACAGUUUCAUUAGCGAUAAGAACAGGAAGGCAUUGAAAUAUAUUGAAGAUGUUACAGAGAAUGCCGAUGAUAUGCAGAAACGGGUUCUCGCUGAAAUCCUCUCUCGAAGUGCAAAUUCUGAGUACUUGCAAAGACAUGGCCUUAAUGGAAAAACUGACAAAGAAACUUUCAAGAAGAUUAUCCCUGUUGUCACUUAUGAGGAUCUAAAGCCAGAUAUUGACCGUAUUGCUAAUGGUGAUACUCGUCAAAUUCUAUGUUCGCAACCCAUAUCAGAGUUCUUGACUAGCUCUGGAACCUCUGGUGGAGAGAGGAAACUGAUGCCCACAAUUGAGGAAGAGCUUGAGAGGAGAUCAUUGCUAUAUAGCCUGUUAAUGCCAGUGAUGAACGAAUUUGUUCCAGGUUUGGAUAAAGGAAAAGGAAUGUAUUUCCUCUUCGUAAAAUCAGAAGCUAAGACUCCUGGUGGACUGGUUGCUCGUCCAGUUCUAACCAGCUUUUACAAAAGUUCACACUUCAAGGACAGGACUCAUGAUCCAUACACCAACUACACCAGCCCAAACGAAACCAUUCUCUGCCCUGAUUCUUAUCAAAGCAUGUACUCCCAAUUGCUUUGUGGUCUCUGCCAGAACAAUGAAGUUGUUCGGGUGGGUGCAGUGUUUGCUUCUGGCUUCAUAAGAGCCAUCAAGUUCCUCGAGAACCACUGGGUUCUUCUUUGCGAGGAUAUUAGAAAUGGAAGCAUAGACACCAAAAUAACAGAUCUUUCAGUAAGAGAAGCUGUCUUGAAAAUUCUCAAACCAGACCCCAAAUUAGCUGAUUUCAUUGAGGAUGAGUGUAGCAAAAUGUCGUGGAAAGGAAUCAUAACUAGGUUAUGGCCUAAGACCAAGUAUGUUGAUGUUAUUGUCACAGGGACUAUGUCCCAGUACAUUCCUACUCUAGACUAUUAUAGCAAUGGUCUUCCCCUUGUUUGCACCAUGUAUGCUUCUUCAGAAUGUUACUUCGGCAUCAACCUGAGUCCUUUAUGUAAGCCAAGUGAAGUUUCCUACACCCUCAUCCCCACCAUGGCCUAUUUCGAAUUCUUGCCUGUGAACCAAGAGAAUCGAUUGGGCACCCAGGCCCUCUCUUCAUCACCAACCUUUCUUAGUGAUCAAGAAUUAGUUGAUCUUGCUGAUGUCAAACUGGGACAUGAAUAUGAGCUUUUCGUCACCACUUAUGCAGGUCUCUAUCGCUAUCGAGUUGGAGAUGUACUUCGGGUGGCGGGAUUCAAGAAUAAGGCUCCUCAAUUCAACUUCGUAUGCAGAAAGAAUGUUGUUCUAAGCAUUGACUCUGAUAAAACUGACGAAGUUGAGCUGCAAAAUGCGGUGAAGAAUGCAGCGAACCAUCUUCUGCAAUUUGGUGCGUCUCUCAUAGAACAUACGAGUUAUGCUGAUACAUCAAACAUACCUGGCCACUAUGUGCUAUUCUGGGAGAUUAGCCAUUGUGGAGAAACUUUGAUUCCUCCUGCAAUUUUCGAGGACUGUUGCCUGGCUGUUGAAGAAUCACUCAACAGUGUAUAUCGUCAAGGAAGAGUCUCAGAUAAGUCCAUUGGCCCUCUGGAGAUAAGAAUAGUGGAGACUGGUACAUUUGACAAGCUCAUGGACUAUGCUUUAAGCCAGGGAGCAUCAAUUAACCAGUACAAGACUCCAAGGUGUGUGAAAUAUGCACCCAUUAUCGAGCUUCUCAGCUCCAGUGUCGUGUCAAAUUACUUCAGCCCGAAAUGUCCCAAGUGGGUUCCUAGACAUAAGCAAUGGUGCAGCCAUGAGAAUUACUAAUCAAGAAAGAACUUGCAUGGGAUGGGAGGUUUUCUUCGAAGACUACCAAAUGUCUCAUGUGCACCCAUCGAUUAACCCAUUUCUUUAGUUUCUUUGUUAAAGUUGUUCAAUAUUUAGAAGGACUUAGUUUUGUCAUUUCUUUUCUCUCUUUAGAAG